CGCGCGGAGGCUGCGCCCCGGCGGGGCCACGCGGGAGGCUGGGGCCCGGGCCGGGCGGAGCCAGCGAGCCAUGGGGGAGGCGGCCAGCCCCGCGCCCGCGCUCUGGGACUGGGACUACCUGGACCGCUGCUUCGCCCGCCACCGCGUCUGCAUCUCCUUCGGCCUGUGGAUCUGCGCCUCCUCCUGCUGGAUCGCCGCCCACGCGCUGCUUCUCUAUCUGAGGUGUACAAAGAAAUCCGGACGGGACCAGUCAGCGCUGUGCGCGGCAUGCUGCCUCCUGACCAGCCUGUGUGACACCAUCGGAGCGAUUCUGGCCAGACAGCUCACGAUCCAGGUUUUCACGGGUGCCUACCUAGCAGCUGUUGACUUGGUGAACUUUGUGUUCAUCCUCUUCCCGGUCUGCGGCUCCAAGUUGAAGUCUAAUUUGGGUCGGGGCUCCCGGGAGAGGAAGAGGAGGCAGCGGCUCAGGGCCAGUGUCUUUGCUCUGGCCCUGCCGCUGAGCCUGGGGCCAGGCUGGGCUCUCUGGGCCACCGUCCGGAAGGCGUCAGGCCCUGUCCGAGGGCCCCAGCGGAGGCUACUGGAGAGCCUGCUGCAGGACAACACUGAAAUCUUCGGCUACCUGCUGGGUGCCAUCGCUGCCUUCGGCUCCUGGGCUUCCCGAAUCCCCCCGCUCUCCAGAAUCUGCCAGGGUAAGGCAUUUCCCUCCAUCCACCUGUGGACCCGGCUCCUGUCGGCCCUGGCGGGCCUCCUCUAUGCCUCGGCCAUUGUGGCCCAUGACCGGCGGCCUGAGUACCUGCUUCGGGCCACACCCUGGUUCCUGACCUCCCUCGGCCGUGCUGCACUGGACCUCUCUAUCAUUUUCCUUUCCUGGGUGAUGAAGAGCAAGAUGAGACGGGCCUUGGGGUUUGCCCCUGAGGCCAGAGAGAGCCCCGACACCCAGGCCCUUUUGACCUGCACAGACAAAGAGGAAGAAAGCCAGGAGAAUUCAGACUGGGUGCCUCUCACCACAUUACCACCCUGCAAAUCACUGAGGACAAUGGCAGCCAUCAGUCGCUACAUGGAGCUGACCAUCGAGCCCGUGCAGCAGGCAGGCUGCAGCACCACCCGGCUGCCUGGCGAUGGACAGAUGAACCCUGGAGACGCGAACCUGCAGGAGCCGCCCUCUUACCCUCCCGUUCAGGUCAUCCGGGCCCGCGUGUCUUCCAGCAGCUCCUGUGAAGUCUCCUCCAUCAACUCCGACCUUGAGCAGAAGUAUUGGGAAGCCUUAAACUUGGAGCAGUGGGACCCUGAAGAUGUAAAUCUUGAAGGGAACAAAGACAACGUGGAGAUGCUCAGAUCCCAGGUGCACAGGUGCUCCAUGGGGCCAGUGGUCUUGACAUCUGAUGAGUAACACCUGGAGCAAGCCCAUCAGCUCAGAGCCCUUAGUCAAGCCUGUGUCAGGAACUGAGCAGGGAGCAACCUGCAGUGACACCCAUGGCGGGAAUUUAAGCUUCCGCAGAGGCCGCCCGUGAAAGCGAAGAACCAGGAGCUGUCACUGAGCUUGGUUGGUCUGCGUCACAGCUCAGAAUGGAGCUAAGACCUUGGGUCCUGUGGACAGACCCGGGCAUGUGGUUUGUUUUGAAGAUCAGAAGUUCAUAGACCACUCUUGCUUCGAAGUAGAAACCUUCAUCUAAAGGGCAUUGGACCUGCUUUUCCCUUUCCCUUCAGAUUCAGCCAUACUCUCAAUAUCUGCUAGGGGACAGGAACAUCUAACAAAUAGCUAAUGUGUUUGGAUCUCAGUACAGCCUCAUUCUGCAAGACCUGGCUAAGCCCAGGAGACGAGAGGGGUGGGAACAUGUGCCGGAGAUCUAAGACGUGAUCCCUGGUAUUAAUGGGACCUGGCUCCUGCCCUUCCAGUCACCCACUUGGGUUUUCUUCUGGAAGCUAGAGGUAGGACUGCUUAGUCAACCAGGAGUUUAUAAGAUCGGUGGUGAUGUAAGGGCAAGCAAAACAAAUUGCCUUAGAUACCAGCACUUGCUCCAACUUGGCAAGGUGUGUGCUGGGCAGGGUUUGCAGGUGAGGGGGACUGUCUUCUUCAGGAGCUAACACGAAAGCAUGUGGAGGGUGGGAGGCAUGGUGGGAGGUGUCAAAUUCAAGCACAGCAAUCCCGUUUUAGGAUUAUUUUGAUACUGUGAUCAUGGGAGGGGGAAAAGAGGGAGGGAAUGGGGCCAAGGUGGGAGGAACACUGGAGUGAAUAAAUCUUGAUUGAGUUGAGGCAUCUCACUGUGUAGUACAGAGAUGUCUGAAUCCCAGCACAGCCACAAAAGCCAGCCACAAGGGGAACUGGGAGACAUGCCGAGAAACACAGCUCUGCUCCAGGAUGGCCCCUGGCAGCCUGUGUGACUCAGUCACACAGCUGCCCAGUUUCUCCGAAGGAGUAGUGCAGAUCCCAGCACAACGAAGAGAGUGCCUCAGGGAAGCAGAUUGGUUCCAUAGAUCUCUGUGGAGAUACUAAUCCUCUGAGUGCCUUCUAAGCUGGAAGUGAACUCUAUCCCCUUUAUCCAACUGCUUUGAUCCCUGGGUGUCUUGUAAUGGAGUUUGCUAAAGCCAGUUUUGUGGCUUUGUGAUCUUAACCACAGAAGCUGUUCUUUGAGAGAAGAUGAAGAUUUGAGUGGGGGAUGGGGUGGGGAGAGCAUUCCAGAUGAAAUCCUACAGAGGACUGGACACCAGGAAGGAUGGAAUCUCGUCAAGGAAGGAUGAGUCUGAUGUGGCCAGAAUGGGUGGUGCAACAGUGGCUAAAAGGUGAAGAGGCUGGCAAGGAACCAGGCCGUGGAGCCUAGGGAGCUGGCACUUAAAACUGUGGCUAAUUGGUAGCCAUGACUGAUACCAGAGUAGGAAGGUGAUGGACAUGCCUCAGGUAGGUCACACCUGGUUGGUGAGGCUUUUCUCCCUAUGGCCACAACUUUUCAGGAAGCAGAAAUGUAGUCAAGGAUACAGUAGGAACAUGGAGAACAUUUAAUCUGAGUGAUAACAGCAGGGCAGGAGGAGGGCUCAGCUUUAGAAAGAUAAGGCACAGGGGCAGGAUAUCCUCUCUGGAGUCUGCCUGUAGCACAGCCUCCCUCUCUCAAGGGGAGACUGGCCCGUGCUCCCUGGAGCAUCAGAAACUGGCUGGAUCCUGAUGGAAGUGGCCAUUUAUCCAAGAACGUCAAAACAGUCUUGCUGAUUGAGCAGCACAAACUACUUGAGUCCCAGAUGCCGUCUGUCUCCCUAGAUCCCAUCGUCCCAGGCUUCCUUCACAAACCAGUUCCUAUGGCUGUGGUCCAAUCCUGCCUCAAAGCUGAAUCCCAGGUCUCUUCACCCAGAGUGAACUAUUAAACUGAAAAUGUUGGAAGCAAA